AUUCCUACGACUCCAACACGUUUGGCCCCAUCUCUAAAAAUCUAGUUAUUGCUAAAGUGCCAGCGAUAAUAUGGCCACCUAGAAGGUGGCAGUGGGUUAGUUCGCAAAUGAACAAUAAUUAAGAUAAGAAAAUAUAAACAUAGUAAAUAGUUCUACAUCUAAAUAGUACAUUAUAUGUUGCAAUAAAAAUGAAAGUCGCCUCUUUCAUUCAUCACUACGAAUUUGAUGUGCCCGGGAAUGUGUACAAAAACGCUGUUGUGCUAGGAGAUGUCGACAAUGACAACGAUAUAGAGCUGGUCGUUGGCAACGUGGACGGAGAUUUGUACAUUUUCAAAGGCCAAAGACAAAUCCAAAAAAUAUCGGGACUGGGAAUUAUUACUGCCAUAGCCAUUGGAGAUUUGAUGAAUUGCGGAAGUAACACUUUGAUUGUUAUUUCUGGUGAUGGAUGGUGCCACAUUUAUUUAUGCUUGAAAUUGUGCAAGUCAGAAUUGGUGGACGAAUGUAUCGUUAAACUUGAACCUGUUCACGUCCAACGCAUCCCGGCCAACACCAAAGAAGUUUUACUGGGAGAUGUCGACGGUGAUGGUUUGGUAGAAUUAAUUGUCGGACUAACUGAUAGAGUUAUUCGGUCGUAUCGUUGGAGUCAGAGUGCAGCUGCUGGUCGCUUAGUGCCUUUGCACAAAUGGGAGUGUGCUAAUCAAAUAGGAUCAAUGAUACUCAAUAAAGAUAUAGAAGGAAGGCCGUGUUUACUCGUUUCUCAGCCAGGCGCUACGGCUUUGCGAAUUUACUGCCCAACCACACACCCAGAUUUGAUAGAGACUACAAUAAAAUUUGAGAACACCCAGCUCAUUGAACUCCGUAAUCCUUUGAUAUCGUCUGAAAUGAUCGGAGACCUCAAAUCGGUAGACAAUAAUGAACUAGAUGACAGUAAUUUAGGCGGUAGUUUGUAUGCGAUAACCACUUUAGAUGGCCUUUUGAUGUUGGUAAAAGAGCAGGUAGUUGUUUGGUCAAAAAAAAUUGAUCAGCAGUUGUUCUGCCUGAAAAAAUUAUCAAUGACUGAAGGCGGACCUGAUUAUUUGAUCGCUUGUUCGUGGAACGGAGACACUUACAUUGUUGACCAACAAAGCCAUGUCGUGAUAUUCCAGUUGGGAGAAUCUGUUACUUCGUUUUGUUCGGGAAUGUACACGAUUAAGUCUAAUGUUAGGCCCGUACCUUGUUUUGUGUUUACAACGUUCAGUCAUAAAGUUUACAUUUAUUACGACGUAAAACUACCAAAGUCGUCCGUGCAGACUUUGUCAAAAUGCAUUGCUGACGACAGAGAACUUUCGAUGUGCAUGGAAAAACUUAAUAUCAGUACUGAUGAUGAUCGUAAAAAACUUAUUGAUGGCUGUCUGUACAAAUGGCCUGUACGUGACUUCGCCGAAGAAUCUUGAUGAACAACAUUUGAUAAUAACGUUAGGUGUAGCUGUUUUUGUUAUGUUUUAAAUUCUUUAUUUACGUUGAAAACUUAAAUAUAUUUUUGUAUUAAAUCUAUAAAUGAAGUAACUUUUUAAAAAAAAAUUUCUGCCUACCAUUACGGAGUACUAGCAACAAUAAGACUUAACUGUUUAUUAUAAUUUAACGUUAGUAACUAAAUAUGUGAAAACUUGUCGAUGAAGAUGUGUUUGUUAAACUGUUACUUUAAUUUUAUUAUUGUAACCAGAAUGUUCGUGUAGUAUAUUAAUUAUAUAGUAUUAUUGAUCAGUGUUGGUAAAAAUGAGUGAUUUUUUUUAUUUGUAACCCAUAACUGUUGUUAAACGAUAAGUUUUAAUAAGUAAUAACUAUUUGUAUGUUUCAUUGGCGAGCAAGCAAACCCAUUACAGCCAAAAUAGUGUAAAAUUCAAGUUUAAACUUAAACAUAAAUAGAAAUAAUAUAAGUAUUUUACCAUAAUAAAAUAUAUUGAAGUGUAAUAUCAUACAAUUAACAGCUACUAAGUAUCACUUUUGUACGAGGUUAAGACUGUUUUUACAUUGUUAGUAGUUUUUGAUAUCUGGUCCAUUAACUUGGUGAUAAU